UGAUCUUUCACAUGUGUAGUUUUCUGCAAAAAUCCUUAUCAUAAUCGUAUAUGCAUUGUGUAUUACCCAACACAUGUUGCAUCGCCUUUGUUUGUUUAUUUUGAAAAGAUGGCUUCAGAACCUAUGAGCGCCGAAUAUGCGAAAUCAGCGAAGUCUGCAUGUAAAGGCUGUAUGAAGAAUAUAGCGAAAGGAGAACUCCGCAUUGGAUUCGUCGGCAAGGCUAAUUUCGGCACAACUGCGUGGUACCAUUAUGAUUGCAUUUGGAAGAACUACGAAAAUCUCAAAUCAAUCGACAGCUCUAAAACAACAAAAAGCAUCGUGCUGGGAUAUUCAGAUUUGAAGGAAGAUGAGAAAAAGAAACUCGACGCGGACUUGCCAAAAUAUUGCAAAGAAGCCGCUGCUAAGGCAGCCGCGGCAGCUAAAGAAGGACCAUUACCCAUGGCUACAGAAUAUGCUAAGUCUGCCAAAUCUUCAUGCAAAGGUUGUUCAAAAGGUAUCGACAAAGGAGCACUCCGUGUAGGAUUCACAGGAAAAGCUAACUUUGGUGCCACAGCAUGGUACCAUUAUGACUGUAUUUGGAAGGACAAUGAAAAUUUAAAGUCAAUUGAUGGCUCAAAAGCUGCGGAGAAGAUAAUUAAAGGAUAUUCCGAUCUGCAGGAUGAAGACCAAGAUAAACUUGAAGCUGACUUGUUGAAGCAUUGUAGUAAACCACCAGCAGAGAAAAGAAAAUCGGACGCUUCUAAAGAUGGUCCAACAGCUGCCAAGAAGUCUAAAUAGGUCACCACGUGUACAGAUGAAGGACAUAUGAAUAUAAUCAUCAAGAAUCCAUGAACACAGAUUCGUGAGAACUUCAUGUGUAUUGGA